UAGAGAUAAUAAUGUUUAUCUAGUUUGAAAUUUAUCCUGCUCUACGCGCUUGGAUUUUAUUUAUAUAUCCUUGCAUUGCCUUACUACUUGUAUCCUCAUUCUUCUUCUCUCGAUAAUUGUAAUUGCUCUCUAAUGAGAAUGGAUAAGGCGAGCAUGGCAUUGGAAUCGAAUCGCGUGAAGUAUCUUUACAGCUAUGGAGGAAAGAUUCUCCUUCGCCCCACCGAUAGGAAGCUCCGCUACGUGGGUGGUGAGACCAGAAUCAUGGCUGCCCAUAGAGACAUCACUUUUGCAGAUCUUAUUGCAAAGAUGGCAGGCAGAGGCGGUGGGUUUCGAUGUGUUGCUCAAGUGCCAGUUGCCUGGUGAAGAUCUCGAUGCUCUUGUCUCCAUUAAAUCUGAUGAAGAACUGGAAAGCAUAUUAGAGGAAUAUGACAGCCUUCCCACCAAAUUUCGGGUCUUCUUGUUUGCAAAACCCGCCAAUGCAUUCCGACCGGUUACGUUGAGCGGCCUAUCAAUGCCUCCAGUGGCGGCCAAUGAAAGGGUUACAGGGGCCAGCGGUGGUGAUAUGAAGGGCGCAAGGGCCACUAUUUCCCCUAAGCCGCGGAUCUUGCAGGGUUUGGAAAAUCAUUCUUGUUCGGUGCGCAAGGCAACAAAGGAGUCAACACUUGGUUUUAAUUGCAUAUGGAAGAAUCUUUACCAGGGAGGAGUCUUAGUACGCUACUGCGCUCAUCCACAGUUUCUUGUCAAGUAUUAGAGCAUUCUACUCACAGGUUUUUGUGAGUUUCCAGCAUCAACUCAGAAAAAUGUGUUUCUGUUCUACCUAAAUUACUCAGAGCAUGCUUGAUUUCUUGCACUCGGCAAAGAUUCUCUGUAGAUUAAGUUGCCUCAAAAUUGUUUUAUUUUA